GUCACAAUUUUCCUAAUAAUCGCAUCUUUGUCUUUGCCUUUGCCUAAACCCUAACUCCAAUAUUUUCAGAGAAGCCUAAACCCUAACGUAAAAUUCUUCUCUUCCAAUUUCAUUCCAUACUCUCUUCUCUUGUACGACGCACUCUCUGGACUCUAUUGAGGAUUGAGCUCUGAUAGUUGGCGAAGACGAUAUGGUUGGGGAAAUGGAUAAACCUGCUUCAUUGAAUUUGAAUAAAAGGAAAAAGAUGCCGAAGAAAGGUCGUGAUGCGAAGAAAAUGAAAGGUCCAGGAACUGGUAAGAAGGUUAGAGUUAGCCAGAAAAUGCAGAAACUAUAUCGCAAAAGGGCCAGGGAUUAUGACUCGGAUAAUAGUGAAGAUGAAGACGAGGUUGAGCAUGCCCCUCAAACUGUUGGUGAAGAUAGGGGGGUUGAGGUAGAUGCACUUUCGGAAAGUAGUGAUGAUGAAGCAGGGCGUGAGAAAAGGGAAGGUUCAGAUGAAGAACAUGAAGUCCAGACUGGAAUUACAAAGUUUGCAGAAGGUUGUAAUGCUUUUAGGAUGGCAUUUCUCAAGAUCACCAACACUCAUGUAGACGAUGAAACACUGGGUCCUGUAUUAUCAGCACACAAGAAGCUUGUUGUGGCCAAGCUUGCAGAAGAGGUCACUGAGCGUAAGGUUAAAGGGGACGCAAAGAAGGAAAAGAGCUUGAUUGAGGAAAUGGGGCAUGUGAAGCCUGCCAAUUUCUUAGAUUCGCAUGAGAAAUUUCUGAUAGGUGUGGCCACAAAAGGAGUUGUCAAGUUGUUUAAUGCGGUAAACAAGGCCCAAAUUGCUCAGAAAGGGUUGAAUCCUUCAAGGUUUAGUGAUGCAAAGGUAUUCAAGAGCGUUCUCAAUCUGUUUUUCUGUCAACACCGGAAAGGUAGAAGUCGUGUAUCCCUGGAGAUUGAUUGUUGUGAGUCCGUGUGUUGUUACGGGGCAAUUCAACUUUAGGGCAGUGAUUAUUUCACGUCACGACUAUCAGAUAAGUCUUCUUCUUUUGUUACCAGUUUACGUUCCUACAUUGGAGGUUUAGGAGUUACCUAGUUUAUAAGAGUUCACGAAUUACAUUAGUAUGAGGCCUUCUGGGAAGGAGCCAAAAAAAACAAAUCCAUGCUGGGCCCAAAGCGGACAAUAUCAUUCUAAUGCUAGAGCUGUAGGUGGACUCAUGGGCCCCCACAAUAAGCCUUAGAAGGAAAAGGUUGAAUCAUGAAACCAUAUUGUGAAGAAUGAGACCUGAAGCGGCAAGCGCAUUCAAGUUGUAAGCAUUAGAAGGAAAAGUUUGAAUCUUGAAACGAUAUUGUGAAGAAUGAGACCUGAAGUGCAUAUGUUUAUAUUAAACAUGAGUUUUGAUAUAGGUUGGUCAUCUUGAUCAUAUCUAAUGACCUUGAUGGUGUGUGCAAGGCGACCCUCUAAUUUGAGAUUCAAAUACCCCAUUCCUCCCAUCUAACACUUAACAUAUUACAUUGAAGAGCUAUGGACAGAUUUCUGUUGUCAUUGAAUUUUCUGUCCCACUGCUAUGAUCUGUUGUUUUUUCCAAUCAUGAUGAAGUAUACCUUGAUAUGCUAGCUUUGACUAAGCGGAGAAAGGAGGCAUUCAUUACAGAAUUGAACAAGUCUUCAGCACAAUCAUCUGAGGGUACAACCAA